AUGCGGGUUCUUUUUUGGAACAUUAAUGGAGUUGCACGUGAUGCAGCUCAGUGUAAACUUAGGGAGUUAAUAAGAGAAUUCAAGCCAGAUGUUUUCUGUCUUGCGGAACCAAAAGUUUAUUGCUCGGUUGCCUUUGGCAAUAGACUUCAACUGAAAGAUUAUUCUUCUCUUGUUAUUCAUAAUGCUACUGCUAAUAGUAUAGCUAAUCUUUGGGUUUGUUACUUGGAUUCAAUAAGGCCUUCUAUUCUUAAUAGAAGCAAACAUGCCAUUUCUAUUGAGGUUGAUGGGGUUCAUAUUUCUUUUGUUCAUGCUAGUUAUGUUCAAUUUAAUAGGAGAAGACUUUGGAAGCAACUCAAUCUCCAAGAUGAUUCUAUUCCUUGGCUUGUUAUGGGUGAUUUCAAUUGUAUUCUUAGACUUGAUGAGAAAAAGGGGGGUUUUGAACCAAGAACUUCAUCUAUAAAUGAGUUCUCAGAUUGGUUAAAUGAUAAUAAUCUUUUUGAGGCUGAUUCUUCGGGUACUAAAUUCACUUGGACAAAUAGUCAGUCGGCUCUUCCUAGAGAAGUUUCCGACCAUUCUACUCUCCUGGGUUAUCCUUUUGCUGUUCAAAGGCCGAAGAGAGCUCAGUUUCGCAUUCAGAAGAUGUGGUUUUUACAUGCUGAUUUUCUUCGUAUGAAAGAUCAAUUGAGGUUUGAAUCUGCUGCUCUUUGUUCGGAUGAGGAUCCAAAUGAUGUUACCAAAUUUAAUGUUAUGAAAGAUGCUAUGGCUAGGCUUAGUGAGACUCGGCUUCAACACAACACUAUGCUUAAGAAAAAGGCAAGAAAUCAGUGGCUUGUGGAGGGUUCAAGCAAUUCUACUUUCUUCCAUAAUAGCAUUCGUAUUCGUAGAAGUUCUAAUACUAUUUCUGAAUUAGUAGAUAGUGAUGGCAAUACUAUCUCUGACUAUGAUCUUUUACGGGACCAUAUUGUGCACUUCUAUGAAGAGAAAUUUAACGGCCAUGAGUCAGAUAUUGAUGCUAGAUUAUUUGAUUAUGAGCAUGUUAGUAUUUCUUCAGAACAAAGUCUUGCCAUGGACAGAAUUCCUACUCCUGAUGAAAUUAAACAAGCAGUUUUUGACCUUGGCGCUGAUUGA